UCAACAGUCAGGUCUCAAUCUUGCAUUAGUCAUAGUUUUGUUUUGUACUGUUUUCAGGUUAUAAGAAAAAAUGUACUUAAUAUCCAUCUUAAAUUAAUCAAUUCCUCAUUAGUAACAUGAAGAUAAAUUUUGUAUAGCAGCAGCCAAAAUUCAAAUCUACCUAGCCUAUGAAAAGUAAGCCUAAUUCUAAAUUUGUAAUCAAGAAAUUGUACAUUUUUUACUAACAUGGAUGUUGAUAACGAUUUGGUUGAUCAGACCCUUCUACAGCAAUUUAGCUGUAUGGGAACUUCAGAUAAAGACGAACUUAUCCAACAACUUCAAAAAUUAGCAGGAGACAACAUCAAUGCUUCAACAGCAACAUUUUUCUUGGACAUGAAUAACUGGAAUCUUCAGGCUGCCGUUUGCUCAUAUUUCGAUUUUGAAUCCCCAUUCAAGCUUCCAUCCAUGAUGUUAGUGAGAGAUGAGUUAACUGAUACAAAUAGUACUGUUCCUCCAAACACAGUUUUUCAGAAGGUGUGGAAAGUGCAGAACAAUGGGGACGAGCCAUGGCCCAGUGGGUGUUGUCUGCAAUUUGCAGGGGGAACGUUGCUCCAGUGUCCUGAGCGGGUGCCCGUGCCCCCGCUGACCCCCACCUCAGCCACCCAGCUGUGCCUCACCAUGACUAGCCCCGCUCAGACUGGCAUCUUCCAGAGCAAGUGGCGCAUGAUAACACCAACUGGCUCCUACUUUGGAGACAUCAUCUGGGCGAUUGUGACAGUGGUGGAUGAGGAGAGCACCAAUCAGCUGACAGACCAGCUGAUGCAUUUAAAUGCACUGGGAGCGCCACCCCCUCGAGACCCUGCUCUCAGUCAUCCCUUCUCUCCUUCUCAUCUUAACUUUCAGGAUUCUGUUCCGAAGAUUCAAGACAAUGAUAACACCAUGUGUUGAUCUCGUACUUGUUUGUACAGUUAUCUUCUAUUUUAUAUUAUGUACAUGAAAUAAUAAUUCAUCUGUUGUAAUUACUUAUAAAACUGUUGUAAAAAUUUA